AGCAAACAAGAGCAAUCUCUAUAUAUCUCGUGACACAUAGUGAAGGUUGCAGUUAAAAGUUUAUUUUUUAUUUACACGCUCUAAGUUGCUCCUAAUUUGGAAAGAUGAAUUUGAUCUUUUUUGGACUUAUUGUGAUAUUUAUCACGGUCGCAUCUUGUGAUCCAACAAUGUAUAAGAAAAAUGACAAUAACAUGUUUGAGCCUGAUUUGGUUCCUGUAAGUUCGACAGUCAUUCCCGAAAAUGAUAUGCCUAAUCAAGAAGAGAUUACAGCUGAAAUGGACAAAGAGUACAAAAAGGCAUAUUUCAGCUUGUUCAAAAAGAAGUUUGAUUCCAAAUUUGAGAAACCAGAUACAUUGAUGACAGACAAAAAGAAGUUUGCAAAGAACUCGGAGAAGCGUGCAAUAAAGAAGCCUGAAUAAAUAUUUUAGAAUUAAGUCACUUAAUGAUGCUAACAGAUGUAUAUUUUUUUAUGUUGAAACUAAUAUUUUUAAUGCCAAUUCUGUUGAAUAAAAAUUGAAGAUUUUAUGAUUGCCUAUAGUCCUUAUCAC